AUUUGAAUCGCGAUUCUUUACCCUAAGCUUCACGAAAGCCGCGCCGCCUCCCUCUUCUCCUAGGGUUUCGUCGCACCCUUGUUUUUUUUUCCUGUAACUUCGCCGCCUUCCUUUUCCCCUAUAUUUUCACAAGGGCCGCGCCGCCUUCCUUUUCGAGCCGCGCGACCUAGGAGUAGCAUUGACGAAGCGGGAAAGAGGGAUAAGAAGCAUUGCCUGUUUUUUAGCUUCCCUAGUAGAUCGUUUUUGCAUAUAUCAUCUUCUUAUUUUCCCUCAUAAUGUCAAGCGUAUCCCUCGCAUCCCUCGUUUAUAGGAGAGGCGGUGCUAAUCUAGGAUUUCGAUGUUUGUCGUUGAUACGGCCCAUUGAUUUCCAUUUGUCCGAUUCUUCUCCACUAUUACGACAUUUCUCUUCGCAGCUUGUGAAGACUCAUGUAAAUAAAGUUUAUCUUGCCGACACGUUAGCUUUGGUUAGAAAAUUGGAAGCACAAGGAUUGCCGACCAAACAAGCAGAGGCUAUCGCAUCAACUAUCACAGAAACAUUAAACAAUAGUUUGGGGAAUAUGACAUACUCAUUUGUCUCAAAAUCUGAGAUGGAUAAGAUUGAGAAGAUUCAAGAUUCUAAUUUAUCAAAAUUCAAGUCUGAAAUGAAAAGCACACAGGAGCAUCAUUUUUCGUUGUUACAACAAGAGACUAGAAAACUUCAAGGGGAUAUUGAGAAAGUCACUGCUGGACAUUGUUUGGAUUUAAAUCUUGAAAGAGGGCGCAUACGUGAUGAACUAACUAAGCAGGCUGCAGAAAAUACUGAACUCACUAAUAAACUCGACCGGGAAAUUCAGUCGUUGAGAACACACUUAGAGACUACAAAGUACGAUGCUAUAAAAUAUCGGAUUGGUACUCUCGUUUCAUUAUCAUCAAUUGGUCUUAUUAUUGUGCAAAUUUGGCUGUUAAAUCUAUGAACGGUUUCUGAUCUUUUCAUACAAAGUCUAUUGAUGUUGAGAUAAUUUUAAUGGUUCUGUUUUUUUUUUUAAAUAAAAAAUAAGUUUCAUGCAUGUGUAAGCUAAUAUAUUUUGAGGUUCUCAAUUUCUUAAAUUGUUUUUAAUAAUAUUCAUUUUUCUUAUUCUCAAA